UGCUUAUCCAUUGCUAUUUUCUUUUGGGCGGCUUCCCUGUGUGGCGCCCAUGCUUGGGAGAUUUUAGGGCGGCAUUGGAUAUUUCGAUCGGCAGGGCGCGCAAUCGCUAGGGAAGCGUGGAAAUCAUCUCUGGCCGCGGGCGAUCGCGCGGAGAUUGGACACAAUUUCGAGCUGCCAGGGUUUUGCGAGGGUUUUGGCGCCGCGCAUUUCUUGAGGUGAGCGGCUGAUUGCGUAGCUGCAUUGGCGUUCUUGCAGGAUCCAUGCCGUGGUUGGAGCGGCCUAAAAGAUGAGGAAUACCCCCAGCGACAAGGAUAGGGCGUGGCAGAUCGAGCACGCAUUCGAUUCAGUUGAAAGCCAUCUCGUCUACAAGGUCUUGCUCGUCAAUCGAUUCAAGCUAGAUCGAUUAGAAUGUGGGAAACAGGAAAUUCAAGCCUUUCUAGGGCAAUUCACCGAGCAGCUCUCGGCGAGCUUGUCCAGUGUUGGGCUGCCCAUCAAGAGCUGGGCAGGGGCCGCAGAAGAGAGCGGUGCGAAGGGCAGCGUCAAGGAACAGGGUUCCUUCGAUUUCCUCCGGCUGUCCUUACCCUUGGAUGGGAUUAAACAUUUCCAGAAGAGCUCCGGGGGUUUGGUCCGAGACGAGCAGCCGCAGUGUUACAAUCCAGUUUUUCGGGCCAGCAACGCCGUGGUGAAUGCUGCUGAUCAUCACGCUGGGUUCCUCUUCCGGACGUUCUCGAGCUUUGUUCCUGCAAGGAAGGUGACGCAAGCUCCUGUCGCAACGGAUGAAAGCAAGGAAGAAAAUGCAUCGCCGGUCUCUAAGCUUUUUCCAGGUUUCCUUGUUCAUGUGGUGGAGCCGGCAUCGCGUGACAGUCCGAUGGAACGCAGACUCGACGUAAAAACUCUUCUGGAGAACUCCGUGUUCCUGAGGUUUAUGCUGCGGGACGUCGUUGCGUUUACGAAGAUUUUCGGGUUUAAGAAAGGCGCUGCCUUUGCACGAGUACAAGGAGAGCCCAGCAUUAUAGAACCGUCACCUUACGAGGAAGAGAGCCCCCUCGAGAGUCAGUUUGAAACGAACCGCACGAGAGGUGGAAUUCCUCGUUUCAGUGUGAAGCUGCCAAACAUCGAGAACAUUAUGGACUUGGUUCCACUGCUAGGAAAAGCGCCUCAAAGUUUUCCGGACAAGAGAAAGCUGUACUCAGUCGAAGAUUUCUUCAAGUAUACAGAAGCUGAAGGGAGAAGAUUGUUUGAUGAGCUUGACCGCGAUAAAGACGGUCAAGUUACUCUGGAGGACUUGGAGCUGGCAAUGAGGAAAAGGCGUUUGCCUCAGCGUUAUGCUCGGGAGUUUUUGAGAAGAACCAAGAAGCAUUGGUUGAAGAAAUCGUUUGGCUGGAGCGAGUUCCUGACGCUGAUGGAACAGAAGGAGUCAGUCAUGCUUCGAGCUUUCAAUUCCCUGAGUGUCAGCAAGUCCGGGACCUUGCAAAAGGGACAGGUUUUGACACUUCUCCGCAAUGCUGGUCUUCCGGCCACUGAAGAAAACGCCGCCGCGAUGAUGCGCAUUCUCAACUCGGAUACCGAAGGCUCCAUCACGUAUGGCCAGUUCAGAAACUUCUUGGUGCUCCUUCCGCCUGAACGCUUAUUCGAUGAUCCGAGGAUGGUCUGGUAUGAAGCUGCAACCGUUGUUCCCAUGUCUCCUCCUAUAGAAGUUCCUGCCGGUAGCGUCCUCAAAUCUGCGUUGGCUGGUGGCUUGGCUUGCGCUUUAUCGACUAGCUUGCUACACCCGCUUGACACUCUAAAGACUAGAGUACAGGCGUCCUCAACUCUUAGCUUUUCAGAGUUAAUAUCAAACAUUCCUAACAUCGGGAUCAGAGGCUUGUACCGAGGUUCUGCUCCUGCAAUUAUCGGCCAGUUUUCGAGUCAUGGUCUUCGAACUGGGAUUUUUGAAGCUAGCAAGCUGUUGCUAAUCAACGUGGCUCCAAAUGUAUCCGAGCUUCAGGUACAAUCUCUUGCGUCAUUCUGUAGCACAUUCCUCGGUACCGCAAUUCGAAUCCCCUGCGAAGUUCUGAAACAAAGACUACAAGCUGGUCUUUACGACAACGUUGGAGUCGCGAUCGCUGGAACACUUCGCAAGGACGGGUGGAAAGGAUUUUUCCGAGGGACAGGAGCAACACUGUGCCGUGAAGUGCCGUUCUAUGUGGCUGGAAUGAUGAUCUACGAGGAAGCCAAAAAGGUUGUCCAGAACGUUAUCAAGAGAGAAUUGGCACCAUGGGAGGUAAUCGCGAUAGGAGGCCUCUCGGGCGGUCUCGCCGCCGUGUUUACGACUCCAUUCGACGUCAUGAAGACACGGAUGAUGACAUCGCCUCCGGGCAUCCCCGUGACGAUGAGCUCGGUCACAGUGAAGAUCGUCAGCGAGGAGGGGCUCCUCGCGCUCUUCAAGGGCGCCGUUCCCAGGUUCUUCUGGAUCGCGCCCCUGGGAGCUAUGAACUUUGCGGGAUACGAACUCGCAAAGAGAGCCAUGGAGAAGAAAAACGAGUAACUCGGAUGCCCGUGACACAAGUCCCAGCGGUCGUCCACACAGGUUCAAACGGCUAAGCAUUUUGUACAUAUGUCUCUGCUUACUUCCCGGAGCCUUGGAUCUGUCAAUUUUGCUUACAAAAAAUCUGUCGACUAUUCUGGUUAAGUUUGCGUCUUCUCAAGUAAAUGUCGAAUUCCUCGAUGUGUCUUUGAUUCCAAA